AUGAUGAUAGCCUCUUGUAAAGCUAGGCUCAAAAAUAACAUGCUUGAGGGUUUGGAAUCCCGACUUUCUUUAACCGAUGUGGUCAUUGCGGCAACUUUGCUUGUUUGUAGAUUUGAUGCCAUUCAUGAAAUUUAUGAAUUUAUGCAAAAAAGAGAGGUCACUAAGGUUUCAUUCCUAUCAACAAUGGUUAAAACCAGAAGUCGCUUGACAACAGAAGAUAUUCGUCAAAAUGAAGUCAUUGAUUCCGCUAAAGCUGGACUGACUUCUUCUACUAGUUCUUCAAACUUUUUACUGGAUUUAAGGCGAAAACACAGCACCGCUCAACGUGAUUCCGGGAGUGUUGUAGAAAACGAAUACUGGAAAUAUUUCAGUACAGCAUGUCCUGAAGAUUUAGAGCCUUAA